AUGGGGCCGCUGUUUCUGCAGGUGCUGUCGCUGCUGAACUGGCGGGAGGAGUUCCUGGGUUCGACGAUGGUCGGCCUCUGCGUGGUCCUACGGUCCGUGUGCGACGGCUGGCAGCCCGUGCUCACUGGGGCGGUGUUCAACCUGAUCAACGGGGACAAGCACGAGGUGGAGCAGGAGUCCAAGUUCCUGCACUUCCUGUGCUCCUGGUCGUUCGGCUGCGAGGGCCGGCUGCCGCUGGCGAAGUCGGUCAUCAUGGGGCUGAUGCUGGCGUCGUGCGUGCAGGGCGUGGCCAACGCGACCUCGCACGGCAUCAAAGACGCCAUGCGGAACCGGCAGAGCGCGAAGCUGCGGAUUGCGAUGUUCGAGCACCUGCUGGCUCAGGACAUCGCGCUGUACGACACGCGGCGGAAGCGGGACCUGGCCAAUAAGGCCGAGCUCAAGGUGAUGGAUCAGAUCACCGAGUGGCUAUGGUCUCUGAUCUCCGACCUCAUCAAGCUCGGGACCCAGCUUGUGUUCUUGUUUUGCAUAUCUCCCCUGAUGACCCUGGUAUACGUGGUGCUGCUACCGGUGGUGGAGAGGAUCAGACGACGCGCCACUACUUGGAGUCGGGCGUCCGGGCGCAGCACCGGCAGGAGGUGGGCCUGGACUGCGUGCGCACCCACGUCGUGCACGAGUCCAUCUCCAUGA